UGACCGAGUUCGAGAGUCUCGGCGGACUCGGGCUCAUCUUUGGGGCCAAGAAACCGCCCGGCAGGGCCUGUUCGACACUACUCAACACCGUGUGAAAAGAAGCCCUUUUGCGACGAAGGAUCGGCAAAUGGAUCGCCACGCCUCCGACGUCGAGGUCGAGGAAAACGAGAUGCCCUCCUCCCAGGAGGGCCGCCUCCCCGGCGUCCCCUUCACCGCCCAGAGCCAUCGCAGCCCUCCGCCCACUUCCCACGCCGCAUCUUCUGCCCCCGCUCCCGCCUCCGCCGCCGCCGGGGUCGCCGCUCGCCCGGGCGACGCGGCGUCCGGCGUCAGCCCAAGGAUGGGAACCCGGAUUAAAAGAACUGUGCGGAAGCCUCCAGCAGCGGGCUACGGAGCCGACCAGAGGAAAGGGAGGGCUUCGACGAAGAGAUCCAGGGGCGUGCACAUUAGUUCCGCGAUAUCUCCUACCGAGUCGGAGCAAGAAGGGCAUGACGAUUUAGGAUUCAGUGCAGGCGUAGAGCCACCGAUGCCAGACCAAGAAGGCCGGAAGCGGCCGGCGGAUCCCCAAGCGACAGCAGAUGCCGGCGCGAUGGGAGAACCAAAUGCGGCUUCGACCGCUGAUCCGCAGCCGAGAAAGCUGCCCGUUUCUAUUCAACAUUGUUUGUCACAUGGGGAGCAGGAGGAGAGCGCCAGGCGUUCGUCCCUCGGCCAUGACGGAGAGAACAGCAACAAAACGCAAGCUGCAAUUGAUGGUCCGCCAAUGAACCUCAUAGAGGUGAUAAAGAUGCUAUCCGGAGAGCCCAGCAGAAGGUUUGCUGAUAAGGAUAUACUGGACAUUGCAAAGAUGAAGGGGAUCGAAUUCCCUCCGCCGUGGUGGUCGGUGUUGUUUACCCGGCGAUCAUGAUGUCCGUUGAUGUCGCCCGUAAAAUAUUCGACUUUAGUUCCAUGUAGCCCAAAUGACUGUGCGAUGGACGAUGCCUUCCUUCAAGGUCGGGAUGUUUCCUUCAUUUAUGCUUUCUUUUGUGGAUUUCAUCACGUUCAGGUUUAUAUGGCAAUUUUCAUAUUUUGCCU